UCAAGAGCUGCAUCUUCAACAUGAGAAAGCCAGCAGAUUCAACCGAGAAAGAGAACAAAAACGAGAAGCUUCGAAGAGGACUUUGGUCACCCGAAGAAGACGAGAAGCUGAUGAACUACAUGUUAAGAAAUGGCCAUGGAUGCUGGAGCGAUAUAGCCCGCAAUGCCGGUCUCCAAAGAUGUGGAAAGAGUUGUCGCCUCCGUUGGAUUAAUUAUCUCCGUCCUGAUCUCAAGAGAGGCGCUUUCUCCCCUCAAGAAGAAGAUCUCAUCGUUCAUUUGCAUUCUAUCCUCGGCAACAGGUGGUCUCAAAUUGCAGCGCGUCUACCUGGAAGGACCGACAAUGAAAUAAAGAACUUUUGGAAUUCUGCAAUAAAGAAAAGAUUGAAAGCCAACAAUAACGUGACCAGCUCAUCCGAAUCACCAAAUGUCACUAUUUUUAAUACCGGCGAAACUAAUCAUUUUUUAUCCGAUCCAAACGAGUUUUACAUGAGCAUGACCGAAGAAGCUACCUUCUUUCCCUUGCAAGAGCAGGAAUUGAUGACAUUGUGUAUGGAAUCUAAUUCAAAUUCAAAUUCAUCAUCUUCCACAGCUUCUUUAAGUUGUGGCAUCAAUCCUUUACCCGUUCUAGGAAACAACUAUGCAAAUGACAUAAUCGAUCCAUCGGCGUGUUUAGGUCAAGUUGGUGAUCAGGGUUCUUUUGGGAAUUAUAACAUGGUUAAUGUGGAGGGUGGUUUGAUGGGGUUAGAUGAGAAUGUGAUUGAAAUGGGUCCAUUAGAUAGUAAGGCAAGUGGGGGUGAUCAUUGUGGCUUUGACAACAUAACCUAUUUUGGUAAUAAUUAUGAAGGGAGUGUCAACAUGCUAGGGUUUGGGAAUCAUUAUAAUUGGCAAGGAGGAGGAGGAGAAAACUUAAAGAUGGGGGAAUCUAAUUGGGAUUGGGAAGGUUUGUUGGAUAAUAAUAUCUCUUCAAUCCCUUGCCUUGAUUUCCAAGUAUAAUUCAUAUAGGUGUAGGCAAUAUAUAUAUAUACCCAAUAAAAAAAAGUACCCUCUUUUCAUAGUUAAGUUUGCAUCAACCCUUGACACCCAUUUCUUAAUUUGAUCAAAUGGGAGGGUAGUUUGGUCAUUUUUCAAUGAGCUAGGGUUUGUAUGGAGAUAUUCAUUUUUAGCAAUUAAAAAGAUGAACAGUGCGGAAAAGGAUCUAGUUUUUGUGUAUUUUAUGUAGUUAGUGCAUGUAUGCAUGUAAGUAAUUGAUUUGACAAAAUGGAUGAUGAUGAAUUUGUUCAAUUUAGAGAGAAUUAUUAAUUGUUGUUGUGGUUGAGAUAUGUAUAGGAAAAGGAAAAAUAUAUGUGAAGUGCAGUGGAAGUUGUUACUAAUGGAAGAAGUUGUUAAUAUAUGUACAUCAAUAAAAAAAAUAAUAUUGAUCAUGCAUGUUUGAAACUUCAUGUAUCCUUCCUUUGUCUUUUAUUCUUUUAUGAUGGAUUUUC